UUUUUAACUUGGGUUCCAGUGUGCCGAGCACUGUGCGCAUAUUUGGAAUCCUCCUAUGAGGUUGGUUUCUGAAUCCUGUAACUUGAAACCCAGCAGGAAAGUCCUCUUUUACCGUGAAGACCUGACAGCCCACAGACAGUUAACUUCUGUUUACAUGGAACUCAAGAAUCUGCAAACCAUGCCUCAUUCUAGGUGGGAGGUGGCGAAAGCAGAGCAGGAACAUUGUGUAGGCGGAACUCCAGUGCCGCAGUGGGAGGCUUCCGGGGGAACGGCACCGGUGACGGGUCGGCGGAGACAGAAAAGUGCCGGACACCGGGCCGAUCAUGGAAGCUUGACAACCUGCAGGCAGGCUCUGGGAGGCCGAGACAUCGGCGAAGAGAACAGAGUCGGCGGGGACAGAUCUCAAGAUCAGAGAAUGGCAGGUGAACAGAAACCCUCGAGUAACCUCUUGGAGCAGUUUAUCUUAUUAGCCAAAGGUACCAGUGGCUCAGCCCUCACCACUCUCAUAAGCCAGGUGCUGGAUGCUCCUGGGGUCUAUGUUUUUGGAGAACUGCUGGAGCUGGCCAACGUUCAGGAGCUUGCAGAAGGCGCUAAUGCUGCGUAUUUGCAGUUGCUGAACCUGUUCGCCUAUGGUACAUACCCAGAUUACAUAGCCAACAAGGAGAGCCUGCCAGAACUGAGUGCGGCUCAGCAGAGCAAGCUGAAGCACCUCACCAUCGUGAGCUUGGCGUCAAGGAUGAAGUGUAUCCCCUACUCUGUGCUGCUGAAGGACCUGGAGAUGAGGAAUCUCAGGGAGCUAGAGGACCUUAUCAUUGAGGCUGUCUACACUGACAUCAUCCAGGGCAAGCUGGACCAACGGAAUCAGCUCCUGGAAGUGGAUUUCUGCAUUGGCCGAGACAUCCGGAAGAAAGACAUCAAUAACAUUGUCAAGACCUUGCAUGAGUGGUGUGACGGCUGUGAGGCCGUUCUCUUGGGCAUUGAACAGCAGGUUCUGAGAGCCAACCAGUACAAAGAGAACCACCACCGGACUCAGCAGCAGGUGGAAGCCGAGGUUAGCAACAUUAAGAAGACACUCAAAGCAACAGCUUCCUCCUCAGCUCAGGAAAUGGAGCAGCAGCUGACUGAACGGGAGUGUCCUCCCCAUGCUGAGCAGAGGCAGCCCACUAAGAAGAUGUCCAAAGUGAAAGGUCUGGUCUCCAGCCGCCACUAGGGCUGGCUGGGGCAGCUGGCACUCAGCAGGCCUGGGUCAGGUCAGGAGGGGACACCCAAGGCCUAGUUCUGCCCCUCUGUAACUGCAGUGAGUUCCAGAUCUGCCCGCCCCUCACCAGUAUGUCCACAUCCAUUGGUCCCAUUGCGGAAAAUGAUUGCUCCUCCCUUGCCUCCCUUCCUAGUUGUUCCCUUCAGACUCAGGGGCUCAACGGAUGCCAUCCUACCAGGGUCCAACACUGCCCAGCUUCCCUGCAGGGGUUCUCGUCUCUGUGAUGGGCUACCUCCCUCCCUGUCGUUGUUUUGCGCUCUGUCAUUUUGUCGGGCUGGUCCUAAGCUGGAGGCAGUUUACCCAGCCCCGAGAUGACUGUGGAGAUGGCUCCUCUCUGAGUGAAGAGGGCCUUGCUUCCCUAGCCCCAUGUACCACAUCACCCACAGUGGUGUAGGUGUCUCUAGUCAGGUAGCCACGUUCCUUCCUCUCCUGCCUUACCCCUGUUGGCAGUGCCAGUUGAGGCCAUGUAGGGAUGUGGUGCUGGGCUAUGUUUACUAAACCUUUGGGUUUUCAGCCUCUUAAGCCCAGCCAGGAUCUCUCUUCAAGUUGGGUCACUGGGCUGACUAACCCCUGGUGUCUGAUACCAGCGGGGGGUGCUUGGGUCUGUGGGCAGCAGAAGGUGUUUCUCCUAGCUUGGCAUCCUCUGCUGGCUACUCUUCCUGCUGUCUCUGACUGCUCAGCCUUGACUUGGCAUUGAGGCCCAGCUGCCCCCUGGGAUUGUCUGCCAACAUUUGCUCUCCCGAGAUCUUUCAUGCCUCCCGGCUGCCCCUGGGGUAGGAGUGGUGGUGCCGAAGCCCCUCAGACUGGUAAAGGACCAUUGCUGCUGCUUUCUCCUUCCUUCCCGCCCCUCCUUGGCUGUGACCCAGAGCCCUCUGAUGACAUCAGUACUCCACUCCUGGCCACAGAAAAGGACUUGACUAGACUUUCUGAACUUGAACAGUUUCAGGUCUUGGAGGCAUCUUGGGGAUGAAGCCCAUGCCCACAUUGAUUUCACUACCGGAUCUUUGAGGGUAUUGAUACAUUUUGGGUAAGUUUUGAUAAACAAGUACUUCUCAAGACCCCCCAAGAGAUGUAGAACACCUCCCAGCCUCAUAGACAUUUCCCCCAUGACUCUCAAGACCCCAGACAGGGACACACUGUGAGCAAGUUACUGCUGGUCCUCUUUUCCCCAACUGGCAAGUUAAUUUUGAAAAUUUUUUAUUUUUUAUUUUAUUUUUUUCUGAGAUAGGGUUUCUCUGUAUAGCCCUGGCUAUCCUGGAAUAUUCACUCUGGACCAGGCUAGCCUCGAACCCAGAGAUCCACCUGAGAGCAUUGGCCAGGAAAACACAACUCUCUCUCGGCUCCUUUGUUCUUACUGUGAUGGGAGAUUCUGUGUGAGUUCAGUUUCUCUCCCUGGGCCGAUUUUUCUCCUCACCACCAUUUCUUACAUUUCUGCAUCUUCCAUCUCCAGUGUCUUCUUGACACUGCCCAUCUUUUCUCUCUCUGCCUCCUCCUCCUCUUCCUCCUCCUCCUCAGCACCUGCGUCUGAGCAGCCGCCUUCUGCCCUCCCUCUGCCUCUUCUUUUUCAUCAAGGACACCGUGGACCCCGGCUUUCUGAGCUAGCAUUGAUGAGUGCUCCCUCAGCUUUCCCGGCACUGUUACCCCAGGCCUUUCCUGAGUUUCCCUGCCAGCUUCCAAAGUUCUUCUGGGAUGUGUUAGUUGCUUUCUGUUUUAUGACAAAAAUAACUUGAGAAAAUCGAAGCUUCAGUGGAUGGUUCCUGGUCUCCACUGUCUCUGGGCCGUGGUGGGCAGAGCACCAUGGUGGAGCUGGACUGCUUAUUUCUAGGCAGCUGUGAAGAAACUGAAAGGAAGGGCCUGGGACGAGAUGUACCUCCCCUCCAGCCAGGCCCCACCUCACAGCAUACAGGGAGGAGAGCACAUUACAGAUCCCAACUCUGACACGGACUCCUUCGUCUGUGCUUGCCAGGGGUCCCUGUGACUUCCCUUUGCUGAUACACGUCCUCCAUAGGUCUUGUGGCUCGUUGCCAUGGCUCCAGUCUCUCCUCCAACCCCAGCUCUCCAUCUGUGACUGCUCAACGUGAGAAGCAGAGCCAGUUGGCCAUCCCCCAUGUGUUGUCAAUAAAUGGUGUUACCCA